GCCGCCAUUUGCAGCCUUGGCUGUCAAUCCAGGCGGUCCAGGCCGGUGAUUAUGCGCCGGCGCCUGGUGAUUGCCGAACAUCUCCGACGGGAGGGGAGAACUGUUUGUAAACAAAACAGAUAUCUCCCCUGUCAGCUCCUGCACACUGCUUUGUAUGGCUCUGCAUAGCACAGCCAGAUUGAAAGCAUACACAGCACAUAAUGUGAAACAGCACACAGUUAACCCUUUGAUCGCCCCUCAUGUUAACCCCUUCCUGUCCAGUGCCAUUAGUACAGUCUCAGGACUUUUUAUUAGCACUGAUCACUGUAUUGGUGUCACUGGGGCUGUCAGUGACAGCAAGUCAGUCCCCCCCCCCAGUGUCAGAAUGUCCGCCGCAGUCCCGCUGUAAAUCGCUGA